GAUGCGGUCCUUGAAUACUGUGCUGUUGAGUUGUCAGCCCAGCCUUCAACAUGAACAAUCACUCACCGUGAACCCAUUGUAGCUGACAAUCCAGGAGAUGCUCGUUGACCUCAAGAUCCAUCAGUUCCAUAACGAGAACGACAUCCUGAAGCGCUUCUUCCGGAUCUAUUCAGACCAUCCCGACUUCGCGCUCCGCCUCCGCCACCGCAUCGCGGGUCUCCUCCUGGCAGCUAACACGCCUGCUUAUCUCAACGGCUUUCUUACCUACAUCUUGGAACAUGUCAACAAACAUCUUGAAGAGCUUGGACUGCCCACGUUUUGCAAGGACGACCCGGCAUAUUGGCAAAUCGUGAAAACGAUUGCGGCGCACGAGAUUGCGCAGCUAAGAUCUGCUUUCAGGGGAAGGCUCGACCUCUCGAUCAAGAACAAUACCGACAUCUAUGGGCUCGCAGCUCAGGUCAUGAUGUACGACAUGAAGGCGAAGAAGGAACACUGGGGCCGACUGGCAUUCUUGCGUCACUGCGCGGUCACAUGGGAGACGUUACCUACGAGCAAGAUCAACGAGCAGGGCAAGAAGGUCAAGGUCAAGAGGCCCUCCUUCUGGGCAUAUGUGGAUUCCGAGCUCAAGAACAUCCGCAUUGCGAGUGCUGCUAACAACGCCGAUGAAGAAACCCGCAAGGAGAAUCAAGCGAGUUUCUUCAAGGCGAUUCUCAAUGCUGAUCUCAAGACCUACACUACAUCGAGCGGAGAAUAUGCCCGAGUAUAUCGCCCUGGCGAUUUGCUCACGCGCAACCAGCGCUUGGGGGAGGACAUCGCAGCGGCCUUUGAUGUUGAUGACACUGGUGCUCCCCCGAAGGCGAUGGAGGAGGUCGCUGAACCCGGGGAAGACGAGUAAAGUCCUCUUGUUUGAAUCCGUGACCACUGUAUGUUCGUAUAGUACAGUGAAUGAAAGCCGUCUCUGCUCGCA